AUGUCAGGACAGGGCGAAGCGGCGGGUCGUCGUGUGGGAGCGCUUCAUUUACUUGUGAGGAAGGAAGGCGGAGAAGUGUGCUGCCAAUUGUGUAAUGGAAAAGCGAAUAAGGCAAUUCCAGAGCGCAAGAUUGAAGAGAAGAGGUUUUACUUCACAAAGGCAAAAGAUCCUGGUCAUGAGCGUGUUGAGGCCUGUGUGCUGCGUGUGCAUUCAGAGCGGGGAACAUGA